AUGAUACAAAAAAUAUCAAUAUAUUUCAAUAAAUUAUUAUUAAAAAAUAUUAGUGUUAUAUCUGUUAAAGUGCUAUUAAUAAAUUAUUACUAUCAUAUUAGUAUAAGUAUCAUUAUAUUAGUCUAA